AUGACCUCCAGGACGCUUGUCGUGGCCGGAGCGGGCGUGGUAGGGCUUGCUGUAGCGCGAGCAGCUGCCUGUCGUGGACUAGAGGUGUUACUACUCGAGAAGAACGCGCUCGUGGGACAGGAGACCAGCGCGCGCAACAGCGAAGUCGUGCACGCGGGUAUCUACUACCCCAAGGGCAGUUGGAAGGCCAAGCUGUGCGUUAAAGGGCGAGAGCAGCUGUACGAUUUCUGCGAAGAGUUUAACGUGCCGUUCUCCAAGUGUGGUAAACUGAUUGUGGCGCAUUCGCAUCAGUCCGAGCAGCUACGGUCGAUCCUCAAGCGCGGACUGGGAAAUGGUGUGAGCGACCUGAAAUUGUUGACACAGAGUGAGGCGCACACUAUCGAGCCGCUCGUAGACUGCGAUGAGGCUGUUUUUUCGCCCUCGACGGGUAUUGUGGACUCGCACAGCCUCAUGAUGGCGUUGCAGGGCGAUGCAGAGACCCAUGGCGCCUUUGUGGCACGUGGGACUGCAGUUCUGGGUGGAAAAUACGAUAUCAAGUCAAAGACAUUCAUCGUCCGAGCGGUGCAAGACGGUAAAGAACAGGAAGUGGAGUGCGACUAUUUUGUCAACACCACGGGCAUGUUUGCACCGAAUCUGCUGGGUGAGAUAGCAGCUCCAGGUGUACAACGUCCUGUAGGCCAAAACCUACUGCCUGCUGUCCCAGAUCGGUUUGCCAAGGGCACGUACUUCAAGCUCAGCCCGAAGAAUCGGCCGUUCACCCAUCUCGUUUAUCCGAUUCCUGAGGUCGGCGGUCUCGGUGUGCAUGCUACAGUUGAUCUGGCUGGGAACGUCCGCUUCGGUCCUGACGUCCAAUGGAUCGACGAGAUCGAGUACCAACCUGAUCAGUCGAAAGCCGAGGAAUUUGCCGAAAGAAUCCGCACUUACUGGCCGCAAGCUCGUGCGGAGAUGUUGGAGGCUGACUAUUGUGGCAUUCGUCCAAAGAUUGCCAUCAACGGUGGAGUCGUCGAGGAUUUUUACAUUGCGGAUAAGCACUCACACGGUGUACCAGGCCUCGUCCACUUGUGUGGCAUUGAAUCGCCCGGUCUUACAGCCUCUCUCGCUAUCGCCGACACUGUUGUCGACAUGCUACAGGACAAGCCAUGACUCGGGGGUAAAAAAAUGUUUCUUUUAGCUACACA